AUGGCCCAGACGCUCCACAAGUCCAGUGGCACCCAAAGGCCGCGGGACCCCAGGAGGGGAGAGGGGGCCCCCAGCCCCAUGCCCCCAGACCCCGUGAGGGUGGGCGAGGCCCGGGCAGGGGCGGACACCGUGCUGCGCCGCCUCCUGAGGCUGCACCGCACGGAGAUCGCCAUGGCGGUGGACAGCGCCUUCCCGCUGCUGCAUGCGCUGGCCGACCACGACGUGGUGCCCGAGGACAAGUUCCAGGAGACUCUGCGUCUGAAGGAGAAGGAAGGCUGCCCGCAGGCCUUCCACGCGCUCCUCUCGUGGCUCCUGACCCAAGACGCGGCUGCCAUCCUGGGCUUCUGGAAAGUUCUCUUUAAGGACUACAACCUGGAGAGAUACGCCCGGCUGCAGCCCAUCCUAGACAGCUUCCCCAAAGAUGUGGACCUCAGCCAGCCCCGGAAGGGGAGGAAGCCCCCGCCGGGCCCCAAGGCCCCAGUGCCGCUGCCCAGACCCCCCACCAAGAGGAAGGCCCUGGAGGAGCCAAGAGCCACCCCGCCGGCGGCACUGUCUCCACGGGGCACCUCCAGCCCAGGCCCCGAAGCGAAGGCCAAGCCGGCCCAGAAGGCCUCCUGCCGGGAACGCCCCGAGCUCUGCCUCCUUCCCAGCACAGCCCCGGGCCGGGGCCGGGGGCCCUGUUCAUCCCUGCCCGCCGUGUGCAGAAUUCAGACCAUGUCCACUUCGGUCCAGAGAGCCGUGACGGUGUCGUCUGGGGAUGUCCCAGGAGCCUGUGGGGCAGUGGAGGGGAUUCUCAUCCAGCAGGUGUUUGAGUCAGGUGGCUCCAAGAAGUGCCUCCAGGUUGGGGGGGAGUUUUAUGCUCCCAGCAAGUUCGAAGACCCCAGUGGGGGGAAGAACAAGACCCGGAGCAGCAGCCUGAAGACCCUGGUCCGAGCCAAGGGGACCCAGGCUUCUGUCCCUGGUGCAGGUGAGCUGAGAACAGGCCAGCAGGGCAGGGUGCAGGCCCCUCCUGCCCUCCCCAGCGAGCCCCAGCUGCACCAGAAGAACGAGGAUGAGUGUGCUGUAUGCCGGGACGGCGGGGAGCUCAUCUGCUGCGACGGCUGCCCCCAGGCCUUCCACCUGGCCUGCCUGUCGCCACCGCUCCGCGACAUUCCCAGCGGGACCUGGAGGUGCUCCAGCUGCCUCCAGGGAAGAGCCCAGCGGGACCUGCCCCGGGCCGAGGAGCCCCGGCCCCAGGAGCCACCUGUGGAGACCCCGGUCCUUCUGGGACUGAGGUUGGCAGGAGAAGAGGCGAAGGGACUGUCCAGGGAGCCCCCCGCUGGGAUAGACGCUGCUGUCCCCUACAAGCACCUGCUGGCCCCACCUUCGGCAAACCCCUUGCCGGUGCUGGACCCCUCAGCCCUGCGCCCCCUGCUGUGUGUGGGCCCUGAGGGGCAGCAGGUGAGGGCUGCGGGAGGCCCGGCGGCCGCGCGGUGCGGCGUGUGCGGGGACGGUACGGACGCGCUGCGGUGCGCGCACUGCGCCGCCGCCUUCCACUGGCGCUGCCACUUUCCCGGGGGCACCGCCCGGCCAGGGGCGGUCCCGCACUGCCGAUCCUGCUCCGGAGAUGCCGCCCUGGCCCCCGAGGAGGGGGCGCCCUCCCCGAACCCCGCCCGCGCUGCUCCGGGGCCUGCCAAGGCAGGAGACGGUUCUGCUGGUCACGAGCCGGUUCUGCACAGGGAUGACCUGGAGUCCCUCCUAAGCGAGCACUCCUUUGACGGCAUCCUGCAGUGGGCCAUCCAGAGCAUGUCCCGCCCGCUGGCUGAGGCGCCCACCUUCCCCUCCUGA